AUGACGACAACACCGCCCGGGUGCGGGAGAAGAUUGCUGUCACAUCUCAUCGAUGAGAGGGCAGCUUCUGGGCAUCAACGACCUUUCGCUUCCAUACCAAACACCAAGAAUGCGGCGGACGGAUACCGAGAUAUCUCGUACGGUGUCUUUGCCAAUGCGAUCAAUCGACUGGCACAAUGGCUUCUCGACAACUUGGGGAGUCCGGCCACGCCCCUCGAGCCGAUUGUGUAUAUUGCCGUGGCGGAUUUGAGAUAUCACAUCCUGUCGAUGGCUGCGGUCAAGGCUGGAUAUAUCGUCUUCCUACCCUCACCACGGAACAGCCAGGAAGCUUUCACGUCUUUGAUGGCGGAAUGCGGUGCCCAGAAGCUACUCAUCGAGGAGAGGCCGUCACCUGCUGUGGCGCUUAUCGAGAAGACCCGUACAAUGCAGAAGUUCGCGAUCCCUUCGUUGGAGACGUUGCUUGAUCCGACGCCUGUGCCUCAGAUCACUUUGAAUGUGGCAUGGGAAGAGUACCGCUUCAAGCCAUUCUUACAGAUCCAUAGCUCGGGAUCAACUGGCAUCCCGAAACUAAUAACUUUGAAACAUGGCAGCUUCACGGGUCUAGACGCCUACCAGAUGCUUGACACUAACGAGGCUUUCGGUCGACUUGGUGAUCAACGACUACUCGUAUCUUUCCCUCCGUUCCACAUGGCUGGACUAAUCUACGGCCUUGCCUUCCCUUGCUGGUGCGAUAGCACUGUCGUCCUCCCGCCUGCUGCUCCCUUAACAGCUAACGUUGUCAACGAAAUUCAUCUCCAAGCAAGCGUCGACUACUCGGCCCUGGCUCCUUCUGUGGUGACAGACCUUGCUAAGAACCCUCAGUAUCUUCAGAAUCUGUCUAAGCUCAAGGGGUUAGGCUUCGCAGGUGGUCCACUUUCCGAAGCUACUGGCCAACUCAUCGUUCCUCACACUAUUCUCCACGCCGGUAUUGGUGCUUCAGAAUGGAUGUGCUCUCCCUUACUACCGAAAACACCCGACGAAUGGCCAUACUUCCGCUUCAACGAGCGACAGGGAGGCUAUGAGUUCCGCGAAAGAGGAGAGGGGCUCUACGAGAUGUGCAUCGUGCGCCAACCAGAAUGGGAGCUCGCUCAGCCUGUCUUUGUGAACUUUCCUGACACAGACGAGUUUUGUUCGAAAGACUUGUUCUCGAAACAUCCGACUAAGCCCGGGCUGUGGAAGUAUGUGUCUCGCCUGGAUGAUGUGAUUGUGUUUAGCAAUGGGGAAAAGCUCAACCCAGUGACGUUCGAGGGUCUGGUCACGACUUCGCCUGAUGUGAAAGGCUGUCUGGUUGUAGGGCAAGGUCGCUUCCAGGCAGCGCUCCUUGUUGAGCCUGCUGACCACGAUGAGGCCGAGAUCCUGGACAAGAUAUGGCCGCUUGUGGAGAAGGCGAAUGGACCGACGGUCAAACAUGGUCGGAUAGCGAAAGACUAUAUCUUCUUCACGACACCUGGGAAGCCGUUACCUCGAGCUGGAAAGGGCACGGUACAAAGAGCUGCGGCUAAUAAGCUGUACGCUUCUGAGAUUGAUGCACUAUAUCACAGCUUGCAGGAUGGCCGACAGCGGAAGACGAUUCGUCAAGAGAAAGAGGGCAUCCUUCUGAGUAGUUUUGAGGAGGCGAAGAGCUCCAUCUCGAGUUACCUUUGCAAGGAGUUGGACAUCGCCAAAGUCGGCGAUCACGAGGACUUCUUCGCGUAUGGUCUGGAUUCCCUGCAACUUAUUAACCUGGUCCGAGCGAUUAACACGUCUAGAGAAGUGCCGAUUGACACGAAGCUCGUCUAUGACAACGCCACAGUCAGCAAAUUGACAGCUGCACUGUUGGAGAGGAAUGUAGAGAGAUAUGACUUUAACAACGACUCCGACGACGAAGAACUCAAGGAGUCUUGGCUGGCCAUGGACGAGAUGAAGAAAGCGUCGACAGUUCUCUUGACGGGAUCUACGGGCAACUUUGGCAGCUACCUGCUUGAUCACCUCCUCAACCAGGCAUGGGUCGAUAAUGUCGUCUGUCUGAAUCGUUCUGCCAAUGCUCGUGGCAGGCAAUUCGACUCGCACAGGGAACGUGGCCUUGGUAUCGACCUCGAAAAUGUCUCCUUCUACCAAGCGGACUUCAGCGAUCAUCGCUUGGGUUUGAGAGAUGAAGACUACCGCCAUCUCUCCUCGACAGUGGAUCUAGUCAUACACAAUGCCUGGCCGGUCGACUUCAACCGCAACUUUCGAUCUUUCAAGUCUUCCGUCGACGGCGUUCAACACUUCAUCGACUUUUGCAAGUCCCACAAAGGACGCCUGAUCAGGCUCCUGUUCGUCUCCUCGAUAGGAGCCACUUCAAACUGGGGAUCAGCCGCGCCGACACCUCGCUCUAAAAUUCCUGAGGUCGAGCUCACAGAUUGGAAAGUCGCCAGGACGGGUUAUGGGCAGUCGAAGCUGGUGGCGGAGCGUCUUCUAAGCCAUGCCGCUAGGGAAAUCGGUCUGCCAGUUUCAGUUGUCCGAGUUGGGCAGCUCGGUGGUCCUGUGCUGCAUGGAGACGAUCAUGGGAAGUGGACGGAGAAGGAGUGGUUGCCGAGUCUCAUCCGCAGCUCGAUUACUCUUAAGGCGCUUCCGCAGAAUCUUGGUCCUGUUGAGGAUAUCGACUGGGUACCUGUUGACGUCGCGGCUGUGGCUUUGACUGAGCUGGCUUUCAAUCUGGUGCACAUUGCUCGACCCUUGAAGACUGGUGCGAGUUUCUUCCAUCUGGUCAAUCCGCAAUGCACUCAAUGGUCAAAGCUGGUACCCUCAAUGACCUCGAUGGUGAGCCAAGACGUCAAACUCGUCACCUUCGUGGAAUGGGUGAGCAUCCUGAAGGAAAGCGUCACCGCUGCUGGCGGUUUCCAAGGCGUGGAUGAAGGUGUCAAUCCUGCUGCGAAAUUAAUCGACUUCUUCGAUAACCUCCAGGACCGAGCAAUCCGGUUUCCGAAGGCAAAGUCGACGUUGCUUGAGACGAGAGAGACGGUUAAGGUCUGCAAGACGCUUGCCGACCUAGAGGCUGUGGGUCCAGAAUGGAUAGCGUUGUGGAUGAGGCAGUGGAGGUGGUCGGGUUGA